AUGAUGUGUGAAGUGAUGCCCACCAUCAGUGAAACAGAAGGACCGAGUGGAGGAGGUAGCACAGGUCAUCGGGGGUCCGGCUCGCCCCUACAGUCCGACUCUGAAGGUCAUUUUGAGUCGCUGAUGGUGUCCAUGUUAGAGGAGAGGGAUCGUCUUCUUGAGACCCUCAGAGAGACUCAAGAAAAUCUGGGCUUGGCUCAGGGUAAACUGCAUGAAGUUAGCCAUGAAAGGGACUCUCUCCAGAGACAGCUCAACACGGCUUUACCACAGGAGUUUGCAGCACUAACAAAAGAGGUGAACAUGUGCCGGGAACAGCUUCUAGAAAAGGAGGAGGAGAUUGCAGAACUGAAAGCUGAAAGAAACAACACGCGGCUCCUCUUGGAGCACUUGGAGUGCCUGGUUUCUCGUCAUGAACGUAGUCUGAGGAUGACGGUGGUGAAACGACAAGCUCAAUCUCCUGCAGGAGUCUCAAGUGAAGUCGAAGUCCUCAAAGCCCUUAAGUCACUUUUUGAACACCACAAAGCCCUUGAUGAGAAGGUAAGGGAGAGACUACGAGUCGCCUUGGAAAGAUGCAGUGCUUUGGAGGAACAGCUGACCUUGUCACACAAAGAAUUGGCUUACUUCAGGGAGCAGAGCUGCCAGAAGAGGGGAUUGGCAGAUGGAACUAGUGAAGUCAACCACAACUCAGAAAAUACACCGAGCACUAAUGGGAAGCGGUCAUCAGACGGCUCACUGAGUCAAGAGGAUGAGACGGGUCAUAGUUUCGGCAAGGUUGGGGAACUCCAGGAGGUGGUGGACCGUCAGACUGCUGAUCUAGGCCAGAUGAAAGAGCGCAUGGCUGCAAUGGCAUCCAGAAUCAGUGAGCUCGAGGAAGAUCUGGACACGGCCAGAAAAGACCUCAUUAAGUCUGAAGACAUGAAUACAAGAUUACAGAGAGACCUCAGAGAAUCUAUGGCUCAGAAGGAGGAUAUGGAGGAGAGGAUCACCACUCUGGAGAAGCGGUACCUAGCGGCUCAGCGGGAAGCGACCUCCGUCCACGACCUGAAUGACAAGCUGGAGAAUGAAGUGGCUAACAAGGAAUCCCUUUUUAGACAAACUGAAGACAGAAACAGGCAACUCCAAGAGAAACUGGAGCUAGCAGAGCAGAAGCUCCAACAGACUAUCCGCAAAGCAGAGACUCUGCCAGAAGUGGAGGCUGAACUAGCACAAAGGGUAGCUGCCCUCACAAAGGCUGAGGAACGCCAUGGUAAUGUGGAGGAGAGAUUGCGCCAGCAUGAGGCCCAGUUGGAGGAGAAGAACCAGGAACUCCUCAGGGCGAGGCAAAGAGAAAAGAUGAAUGAAGAGCACAACAAGCGUCUCUCUGAGACAGUCGACAAGUUACUGUCUGAGUCCAACGAAAGACUCCAGCUUCACCUCAAAGAGAGGAUGUCUGCUCUGGAGGACAAGAAUGCCCUCAUUAGGGAACUAGAACACACCAAGAAACUGAUUGAAGAGUCCCACCAUGAAAAAGAACAGCUCUUGAUUCAAAUUGAAACAAUGAGGGCCGAGAAUGAGCAGGACAGGAGUAGGAGCAACUCUUUACUACAUGGAAGAUCACAGCUGGGAAGCACACCGGACUUUAGGUAUCCAGUGUCUGCUUCCUCUAUGAUGGACAAUAACUCGGACCACUAUGGCAGCGCUCUUGUCUUAAGGCGGCCCCAAAAAGGAAGAGUAGCAGCACUUAGAGACGAGCCAUCCAAAGUGCAGACCCUGAAUGAGCAGGAGUGGGAGCGUGUGCAACAGGCCAAUGUGCUUGCGAAUGUCGCCCAGGCUUUUGAGAGUGAUAUGGAUGCCUCGGACCUAGAGGACGAUGGAGAGACUCUCUUCAAUUCCGUUGACCUUCUGUCCCCUGGUGGGCAGGCCGAUGCUCAGACUCUGGCAUUAAUGCUGCAGGAGCAGCUCGAUGCUAUCAACAACGAAAUUAGAAUGAUUCAAGAAGAGAAGGAAAACACAGCCAUCCGAGCUGAGGAAAUCGAGUGCAGAGUGGGUAGUGGCGACAACCUAGGAGGCCGCUUCCUUUCCAUGAGCUCCAUACCACCGUCACUCUGUACAAGUUCUCCUAUAGGCAGCUCUCCUCCAGGCUCUGGUCACUCAACCCCAAGACGUAUUCCUCACAGCCCUCACAGAGAACUAGACCGCAUGGGUGUCAUGACUCUGCCUAGUGACCUGCGCAAGCACCGCAGGAAGUCUGCUCAAGAUGACAAAACCACUAUCCAGUGUGAGACAUCACCACCCACCACUCCACGCUCAAUGCGCCUUAACAGGGAAGCAGGUCAUGCUUCUAGCCAUGAGGACAUAAGAGACAUCCGAGGUGUGAUUGGCAUGCAAGAUGGGCAAGGUAGCAACCCAAGCAGCAGCAACAGCAGCCAGGACUCUCUUAACAAAGCAGCCAAGAAGAAGAGCAUUAAGUCUUCCAUUGGACGUCUUUUUGGGAAGAAGGAGAAGGGUCGUCCUAGCAUUCCUGGAAAGGAUUCUCCUAGCCAAGCUGGAACUCCUGAAGCAGAGAGCUCACCUAAGGAUGGCUUAGGAAUGGGCACCCUCGGUGGCCCUGCAGAAAAGAACAGAAAACUGCAGAAGAAGCAUGAACUGUUAGAUGAGGCGCGCAGGCAGGGCCUGCCUUUUGCCCAAUGGGAUGGACCAACUGUUGUCGUUUGGCUUGAGCUUUGGGUGGGCAUGCCUGCUUGGUAUGUAGCCGCCUGCCGCGCUAACGUAAAGAGCGGAGCCAUUAUGUCAGCACUUUCCGACACUGAAAUCCAGAGGGAGAUUGGCAUCAGCAACCCUUUACAUCGCCUGAAACUUCGUCUCGCCAUCCAGGAAAUCAUGUCACUCACUAGUCCGUCUGCACCUCCCACCUCUAGAACGACCACGGGAAACGUUUGGGUCACACAUGAAGAAAUGGAAAGUUUGGCAGCUACACCACCCACGGACGACGACGAAAGUAGCUGGGCCCAGACAUUGGCGUACGGAGACAUGAAUCAUGAAUGGAUUGGUAAUGAGUGGCUACCCAGCUUAGGUCUCCCACAGUACCGAUCAUAUUUCAUGGAGUCCCUAGUGGACGCUCGCAUGCUUGAUCACCUUACCAAAAAAGACCUACGAGGACAACUGAAAAUGGUAGACAGUUUCCACAGAAAUAGUUUUCAAUGUGGAGUAAUGUGUUUAAGAAGGCUUAACUACGACCGGAAAGAGCUGGAAAGAAGAAGGGAAGAGUCUCAGCUGGAAUUUAACGAUGUGCUGGUGUGGAGUAAUGAGCGUUUGAUAAAUUGGGUUCAGGCUAUCGGGCUGAAAGAAUACAGUGCCAACCUCUAUGAAAGUGGUGUCCAUGGGGCAUUGCUUUCUCUCGACGAAACCUUUGAUCACAACACCCUGGCGCUAUUGCUGCAGAUUCCCACACAGAACACUCAGGCCCGAACAACUCUCGAGCGUGAAUACAACAGUUUGCUGGCUAUUGGUACAGACAGGAGGAUGGAAGAGGAUGAUGACAAGAACUUCCGACGCGCCCCCUCGUGGAGAAAGAAGUUUCGGCCCAAAGACAUGAGGGGAAUGUCACUGGGCGUGUCGGACACUCUGCCUGCCAACUUCCGGGUGACCGGCAGCAACACCUCAUCUGCCUCCACGCAGCCAAAGAGGAGCCCACUGGACGGUAACCGCUGGUCAGAAGACGAAGGGGAAUUCCCCAUUUUCAAGACCAGGAUGAUGAACUAA